UUUAUCCUCAUUGUUGACAUUCGCCGCAGAAGUCCCGUCCGUUCGAGCGAUUCUUCGAUACGGUGCGUGCAGUUCGAUCGCCAUAAGCCCCGAAAAAUGAGUCGAUUAAUCACGUUGUCGCUAUGUGUCCUCGCGACGAUGGCACUGGCGGAGGCUAGAGUUCGUCACUACAAGUGGGAUGUGAAGUAUGAGUUCAAGUCGCCGGACUGCUAUGAGAAGCUGGCCAUCACCGUCAACGGCAAGACCCCGGGUCCGGCCAUUCUGGCACAACAGGGGGACACCGUCGUCGUGGAAGUCACCAACAACUUGGGGACCGAGAAUCUCGCGAUUCACUGGCACGGAAUCAGACAGAUUGGAAGCCCGUGGAGCGACGGAACCGGGGGUGUGACUCAGUGCCCUAUUUUGCCUGGAGACACUUUUACCUAUCGCUUUAUCGUUGACCGGGCCGGAACAUACUUGUACCAUGCUCAUUACGGGAUGCAAAGAGGGGCCGGACUGUAUGGAUCGAUCCGGGUUUCGCUGCCGGACGGCAUGGCCGAGCCGUUCCCUUACGACUAUGACAAGAGCAUCAUCCUCAGCGACUGGUACCACAACAGCACUUAUGAACAAGCUGUUGGUCUAUCCUCCAUUCCCUUCGGUUGGGUUGGGGAGCCUCAAUCACUGCUAAUUCAUGGGAAGGGAAAGUUUGAUUGCUCCAAAUUGGCCCCUCCAAGCUCAGAUCCAUCGGCUUGUAAUGCUACCAAUCCCGAAUGUUCGCCAUACGUAUUAACAGUCGUCCCCGGUAAAAAAUAUCGCCUCAGGAUUUCGAGUACGGCCACUCUUUCGGCUCUCAGCUUUCAAAUUGAGGGUCACAACAUGACUAUAGUUGAAGCAGACGGGCAUUACGUAGAGCCAAUUGUGGUCCAAAAUCUGUUCAUCUACUCGGGCGAGACGUACUCUGUCUUGAUCAAAAUCGACCAAGAACCAUCAAGAAAUUACUGGAUCACGACCAACAUUGUUGGCCGGAACGCCACGGCCACGACCCCUCCCGGUCUGGCCGUCCUCAAUUAUUACCCGAACCACCCGAAGAGGGUCCCACCCACGAAUCCACCCGCCGGCCCGAUGUGGAACGACGUCGCGCCACGAUUGGCUCAGAGUUCGGCGAUCAAAGCCCGCCAAGGGUACAUCCACACUCCGCCGCCCAAAUCGGACCGAGUGAUUGUGUUCCUCAACACGCAGAACAAGAUCGACGGUUAUUACCAUUGGUCCCUGAACAACGUAUCACUCUCGCUCCCGAACACGCCGUACCUAAUUGCCCUCAAGGAGAAUCUCCACCACGUGUUCGAUCAGCGCCCACUUCCCGACCAGCUACCCGGCUUUGCAGACUACCCCAUCUACCGCGUCGCGAACAACACCAAUGCCACCUCUAGCAACGCGAUCUAUAGACUGAAGUUCAACACUACAGUGGACAUCAUAUUGCAAAAUGCAAACUCCAUGAUCGUGAACAACAGCGAGACGCACCCAUGGCACCUCCACGGCCACGAUUUCUGGGUCCUUGGGUACGGGAUAGGCAAAUUCGACCCCGACAACGACCCGAAGAAGUACAAUUUGGCGAACCCGAUAAAGAAGAACACGGUAGCCGUCCAUCCUUACGGGUGGACUGCCCUCAGAUUUAUCGCAGAUAAUCCGGGCGUUUGGUUGUUCCAUUGCCAUGUAGAGUCUCAUUUCUACAUGGGCAUGGGCGCGGUGUUUGAAGAAGGUGUCGACAAGGUGGGAAAGUUGCCUUCUGAGAUCAUGGGAUGUGGCGAGACAAAAGGCUUCAAGACACCAUAAUUGAACUAUUUGUCACUUGUUUUGUAUACAUUUAGGGUUCCGUUCGUUCAUUUAUUAUAGAGUCACCGAUUCUUGUUCCUGUUUAUAAACAUGUGACAAUC